AUGAAGUUCUCUUCCUUGAUUGUCGUCACCAGCGCGGCGGUGCACACGCUCGCCCAUCCCCAGUUUCUCUCCACCCGCGAGUUUGUUCCUCAGGAGUGGAUUGCUCCAACUGCAGACGCCUCUCGUGGUCCCUGCCCCGGCCUCAACACUUUGGCCAACCAUGGGUACAUCCCUCGCGACGGCAAGAACAUCACACUCGACAUUCUCAAGGACGGUAUGCUUACCGGCUAUAACAUUGAGAACUUGGAUGCUGUUAUCCUUUUCACGCAGGCUAUCAAGACCAGCCCCAAGUACCCCAACACCCGCAGCUUCGAUCUAGCUGACCUUGGUCGUCACAACAUCCUCGAGCAUGACAUCUCUCUCAGUCGUUCCGACGCAUUCUUUGCCGAUCCGAACCCUUUCAAUGAGACCGUCUGGGCCGAGUCCCUCACAUACUUCCCCGACGAUCUGAUGACAGUUGAGCAAGUCGCGAAGGCGAGAAUGGGCCGCCUGGCUACAUCCAAGAAGACCAACCCAGAGCACUCCCUGUCUAAGCUAGCUGACGGCUUUAGCUGGGGCGAGAUGGCGUCCUUCUUUGAGAUUAUGGCUGAUGGUACCACCGGCACGGUGGAGAAGAAGUUUAUCGAGUACUGGCUGAAGAACGAGCGCAUGCCGACCGAGAUUGGGUGGCAGCGACGACCUACAAUCAUGCGAGGAACUGAGCGUAUCGAGUUCACGAGGAAGCUCAUGCAGGCCGCUGGCGUUGCCCGUCGCGAUAUCAAGACUGAUGCCUAUGGCCGCAAACUGGUUUUGUAG